UUAAAAAAAAUUAAUGUCUGGUUUUGUGAGAAUUGACUAUCAUCUCAACUUCACGUUUUCUCUCCCCCCACGACCAUCGCACUCUCUACCUCUCUCUCUCCGAUUCUCUCUCGCGCACAAACUCGUCGGACACUGCCGCUCGCCUUGGUCAAGCGCCGCCUCAUCCUCCGAUCGGCUUCCGUUUGUCGCCGUCUCGUGCGCCGCCGUUUCGUCAUCGCUUCACCACCGCCGCCGUUUUCGACGGUGAUUAAGACGUAAAGUGGAUUUUGGGCUUAGUGUUCGUUUGUUUUGGUUUUUCGGCCAUUUGAUUCAGGUGACUAAAUGGACCUUGAGACAGAAAAUAGAAUAGCUGCAAUUCUAAUGAGAGAGGCAGCAGAAUUGCGUCGUCAGGCUGAGAAAGAUGGUGUGGAGGCCUUUCUACGGCAUCCUAAAGUCAGGGGUCGUCCAAAUUCCCGCUUCCUUACUGCAACUGUUCUUGGUGUACAACAAGCCAAUAAAGCUGUCGAAGUGAAUGAAAUGUGGAGAGUUCGCCAAAAGGAGCUUGAAUUGGAUGACAGACUUAGAGGCAAGUCAAGAGAUGGGAACAACGCCUCUAGGAGGCAGGGUAGUUUCAGAGCAUCCAGUGAUUUCAGCCAUGAUAUUCCCAGUAGUUCAAGCCCAUCUAAUAAAAGAGUUUCUGAGGAUUGCCUCUUAAGGGAGGAUCAAGGCUUAAAAGAUGAAGAACUUGAGGAAUUCUUACACUCAAGGACUAAGCGUGGCAGAGGUGCAGUUGGGUCACGAAUGGAUGAAACUGGUCCAUACCUUGCCCCUAACAAUGAGUCAGAUUUGAGUUGGCCAUCAUGCUCUAAUGCUACAGAUAGAAGUGUUGUUCAUGGACCAGAGAGGCCUAGUUUUCUGAAAUCAAGCAGCUCUUCCGAAAAGGAGACAGACAAUGAUCGACGGAAACGGUCAAAAAGAAGUUCACACAAACAGCAUAGAAAGGACCAUAAUUCUAAAAACAAGUCUGAGAAAAAGAGGAGAAAAGAAUCAAAGAAAAGCAAACGCCACAAAUAAGAUCCUUCAUAAUUGUUCGUUGCAGCGCGUUACUCUGUUCCUAAAGGUACCUCAUACUGGAGUUAUGUACAUCAUAACUAUAGAUUAUUGAAAGUAUAAGAUUAGGGAACCCUUGCUGGCCUGGAUUUCUCCUCUGCAUUUGUUUCGUUGGUUACAAUGUUCUAUGAAGAUGGUCAGAAUUUUGCACAAGUUAAAGCUUAAUUGAAGUUACAUCUGUGGGUUCUAUUUCUGUAUAUAACUAGGACAAGCUCAUAGAGUCAUAGCUCAACGGCUCUUACUGAAUUUCACUUUUUUAGAAAAAAUUAGCUUACUAUAUGAAUCAUUAUUGGAGCAGGAAUGUGUAUCCGAGAACUUUCUGAGUGAAUUCUUGGGGUAGAUUGAAUGACAGAUAUUCCUCCGUCUUUCUUAUCAGAAUGGUAGGAUAAUUGUAUAAACAGUGGAUGAAUUGAGUUGUUAUAUGUCAUGGGAUAAUUUUUCCUUAA